AUGAGACCUGAGCUGACCAUGAAAUCAAUAAUUCCCAUCUUCAUGGUUGGUUUCCUUGCUAUUUAUGGUCUGGUCAUGGUAGCUCUCAUUGUCAAUUCUCUGACACCAGGAAUUAUGCUGUUUAAGACCUUCCAUCAGCUGGGAUCAGGCCUCAACAUUGAACUGAGCAGGAUGGAAGAUGGAUUUGCUACUGAUUUUAUAGGUGAUGCUGGUGUUCUGGAGACAGUGCAGCAGCCCAAACUAUUUGUGGGGAUAAACCUGAUUCUGAUGUUCCCUGAGAUGGUUGGCUUCUAUGGCUUGAUUGUGGCCUACAUUCUCUCUACAAUGUUUAUCCUCUUACCUACCUUUCUCUCACUUCUCCACCUCACUCACCCCUAUAGCAACAGAGUAUGA